CUCCUGCAACACUUUGAAGGAAUUGAGCAGUACUUAUUAUAUCGACAAUUUCGGGACAAUUUUGUCACAACUUAUAUAUUUAAUUGCAUCUUCACAGAUCUCUGCAAUGUUAGUUUUCGGUGUCAACCAUGCAGAACAUUUUUCCAAAACAAUCCCGAAAUUUCUAAAGGAUAAUUUUACAACAAUUUUAAUUCCCUGUGCGUGUCGUAUUGAAAUCACAGCACUCCCGCUGUGAGGGCGACAGGGGUCAUGAGGAAAUGCUCCAAGGAAAGUUGACACAAUAUUAGCAAAUAUUUGCCGGAAGGAUCUAGCUUUUCAUGUUUCUGUCAAAGGUAGGUUGUAGCACAAUUUUCAAACAAAGAAGCUUUGAAAUAGUUCCACGACAUAACACUUAGCGCAUUUAUGGUAUAAUUACGUGUCUACUUUAGUGUGAAGCGCAAUUGAACAUAGACCAAGUCUGACAACAAAAGCAUUGAGUAUUAUAUUUUUAAUACAUAAUCUUUCAAUUGGUUUUCGUUAGUUAGUUAGUUAAUCAUAUAAACAGAAUAUACAGAUGUUCAUAGUUUGUUGGUAGUGGUAUUCAUAUGCCAAUUUAGAUUGUAGUGGUUCUGCAUCGAUAGAUUUCUAAAUGUAACUGUAUCGAUCACUACAUAUAAUCUAUAUAUCUUCAACAGCACUGCACGUACGACUGUGUCAUUUUAUAUAUCCAGUUUACAUGAUCAUAUAAAAUAUACAUCACUCUGUUUCUUCAUUAAUAAUAAUCUUUACUACCCAUCUUAGGUUUACAAAUACAAUAUAUGCUUUUACAUAUAGAUGAUUAAAUUUAACUAUAUUAAAAAUUUAUAAUAUAUUUAUAAUAUAAUUAUAUGCAAUGUUAAAAAUCUAAAAUUAGAAAAUAAUGUGCCUCGUAGUUAUAAAUAUGUUCUAAGCAAUAGCGAUGGCAUAAAAAGAAUGUUUAUGUCUCUCUUGAUCUAUGUAAGUAGUUUUGGAAUAAUUUAUCAUACAGUCCGUCAUUCUGUCAUAUUCUAUUUUGUCGCAAUUAAUUUUCAUUAGCUGCACACUCCGGUGGUAUAAUAAUUACUAUUCAUUCAAAAACUAUCACCAAUAAAAUGUUGUAUAGUUUAACAAUUAGAAACAGUUCGAAGUGAUUGGUAACAUUGUGUCUUCGUGUUCGUCUACUCUAGAUAAAGUAGAUAUUAUUCUACAAAAGAAAAAUGACAAGUACAGAUGAUUUAGAUGACAUCUUAGAAGGUCUUUCGUACGAGGAUCUUCAAGCAUUGUCAGAUGAAAUCGACCCAGAGGUAGGCUAUGAGAAGUUCCCUGACUUCACCGUAUUGUUCAAACCCUAAAGUGUUUCCCCGUUGCUUAAAAUCCUACAUGUCCUCUAAACCCAAACUUGUGCCAAUAUGAUUCCACCCUCCUGAUUUCGUUCUAGCAAUGAUUUCAAUUUCGUUCCAGCAUCGUUUCAACCGCGUUCCAACAUCGUUAAUAUCCCGUUCUGACACAGUUCUAACUUCGUUCUGACCGAGUUCUAGCUUCAUUCAUACCCUCAUUCCCCGUUCCAACCGCGUUAUAACGAAGUUCCAGCCUCGUGCUAACUUCGUUCCAACCGCGUGCUGACUUCGUUCCAGCCGCGUGUUAACUUCGUUCCAACUGCGUGUUAACUUCGUUCCAACUGCGUGUUAACUUCGUUCCAACUGCGUGUUAACUUCGUUCUAACUUCGUUUCUAACUUUAUUCAUACCUCCAUCCAACCCCGUUCUAACUUCGUUUUAAAAUCGUUCUAAACGUGUUCUAACGUCGUUUCAGCAUCAUUCUAACUGCGUUUCACUACGUUUGUUCCAACUUCAACCCCGUUCUAACUUCGUUCCAACCGUGUGCUAACUUCGUUCCAAUUGCGUGUUAACUUGGUUCCAACCGCGUGCUAACUUCGUUCCAACUGCGUGCUCACUUCGUUCCAGCCGCGUGUUAACUUCGUUCCAACUGCGUGUUAACUUCGUUCUAACUUCGUUUUCUAACUCUAUUCAUAUCCCCAUCCAACCCCGUUCUAAUUUCGUUUUAAAAUCGUCCUAAACGUGUUCUAACGUCGUUUCAGCAUCAUUCUAACUGCGUUUCACUACAUUUGUUCCAACUUCAACUCCGUUCUAACUUCGUUCCAACCGUGUGCUAACUUCGUUCCAACUGCGUGUUAACUUCGUUCCAACUGCGUGUUAACUUCGUUCCAGCCGCGUGCUGACUUCGUUCCAGCAGCGUGUUAACUUCGUUCCAACCGUGUGUUAACUUCGUUCCAACUGCGUGUUAACUUCGUUCUAACUUCGUUUUCUAACUCUAUUCAUACCCCCAUCCAACCCCGUUCUAAUUUCGUUUUAAAAUCGUUCUAAACGUGUUCUAACGUCGUUUCAGCAUCAUUCUAACUGCGUUUCACUACGUUUGUUCCGACUUCAACCCCGUUCUAACUUCGUUCCAAUCGUGUGCUAACUUCGUUCUAAUCGCGUGUUAACUCCGUUCCAAACCACGUGCUAACUUCGGGUUGGGGUUAGGGUUAGGUGCCGCGAAUUUAUCAUAUUAACGACCUUAAGCAAACAGGACGGCAACGCGACGACGACGGCUAUUCACACAAUGAUAUUCCUGAUCUCGUACAAAAGAAAUGAAUAAUCAAAAGCCUCACAGGAGUUAGAGACGUUGUGUUAGGGCUUUUUACAACGGCAAAACAGAGACUUUCACGUCUCGUGUACAACGCAAACAUACCAAGACGCGACAAGUGAAACUACAAAUUUGUUCGCAGAAGCGUGUUUAACCAUAAAACCUUUGUUUUAGUCUCAUCAAACUGAACUCAAUUCAUAUACACAUGCUGAGUGGAUAAUACACAACAACUCUUCUUCGCAAUAAUUUAUUUGAAGAAGUUUGUUUUGGCUGUCGUCGUUGCGUUGCCGUCGUACAUGCUUAAUUAAGGUCGCUAUUGAUAAAUUCGGACGUGUUUAACAAUUUACUCAUAGAGUAAAUUCAAAGUUAGAGCGCAUGCUGUAACUUCGUUCAUACUGCGUGUUAACUUCGUUCCAACUACGUGCUAACUUCUUUCCAACCGCGUGUUAACUUUGUUCCAACCGCGUGCUAACUUUGUUCCAGUCGCGUGUCAACUUUGUUCCAAUCGCGUGCUAACUUCAUUCCAGUCGCGUGCUAACUUCGUUCCAGUCGCGUGUUAACUUCGUUCCAACUACGUGCUAACUUCUUUCCAAACGUGUGCCAACUUUGUUCCAACCGCGUGCUAACUUCGUUCCAGUCACGUAUUAACUUCGUUCCAACCGCCUCCUAAUAUUAUUCUAAUUUCGCUCCGACCUCGUUGAAACCUAUAAUGACGCGUUGCAACAUUGUUUAAAAGACAGUUCUUUCAAACCUUGUGUCAACUUCGUUUGAAGCGAGUUUGAACGUUGCUGCAAGUCUAACUUCUAUCAGCCUAACUUCGUUCCAACCGCGUGCUAACUUUGUUCCAACCACGUGUUAACUUCGUUCCAGUCGCGUGUUAGCUUCGUUCCAACUACGUGCUAACUUCGUUCCAACUCCGUGCUAACUUCGUUCCAACUCCGUGCUAACUUCGUUCCAACCGCGUGCUAGCUUCGUUCCAGCUGCGUGUUAGCUUCGUUCCAAACGCGUGCUAACUUCGUUCCAGUCGCGUCGUAACUUCGUUCCAACCGCCUUCUAAUAUCAUUCUAAUUUCGCUCAAACCUCGUUCAAAUUUGUAAUUACCAGAUGCGUUGCAACAUUGUUUCAACUUCUUUCAAACCUCGUGCCAGAUAACUAGCCUGCCACGCAGGCGGCUACUAGAUAACUAAUCUCCACUUCUUAACUUUGUAAAAUGUCUAGUAUUUAAUUUAUUAUAAUUGUAAUAUUUAUGCAGAUAGUAAACAAGGCCCUUUGAAAAGCAGAUCAUCUGAAAGGCUGAUGAAGGCCUUUGAAACGUGUUUGGAACGAGAUUGGAGCAAGGUUCAAACUCGCUUCGAACGAAGUUAGAUGCUUUUUGAAGGAAUUAAAAGAUAUAGAGUUGACGUCUCUUUGAAUUUGAUCAUCUAGACUAUACCAGCUCACGGCUCCUCUGUAAGAAAAACUUCUCAAUCAUGCGAAAGUUAGUUUUGGGCUUAUCCCUGGCUUAUCUAACAAUAGAUUUAUAUGGUUGCUGCGCAAGUAAUAAACGUGAAAUAUCGCAACUGUUAAACAUUUGGGUCAAUCACCAAUCAAUAUAUCUCGUCAUUGUUUGUUUGAUAGCACGAGCUGCUACCAGUUCACGAACGUCAACUCCAACCAGAAUCGUCACGCAAGUUCGACAUUCAUGAUCGGAUCAAAGAGAUGGAAAAACUCUCCGUGGAGAGCAUCGAAGGUGACAAUUUUCUUCCGCUUCAUGGUCGAAACUACAAACCGCAAACCACGGUUAAAGAGAAAGAGCCAGAAGUUCACCUUCCGGAUGAGUGGGACGAAGCUGUCAAUCAAGCGAAUGAGAAAGACCUACAGGAGCUGGCAGGUGGGUUUCAGGAAGCGUUAUCAGUGCAGGAAAUGGUGGUUAAAUACUUAGGGCCUGUUUAUACAAGCCCAGAUAACCUGGAGAUCUGCAUGCGCUUUGUUAACGCACAUAAAAUUCCUUUUUGGAUUCAUACGGGACUGACCGAGCCAGCCCGGGAUCUGCGCUACAUGUCAAGUGGGAUAAAAUUUUCCAUACGAUGGUGCUUAGUAAAAGCCAGCUAAGAUAUAUUUCUCUUCUUUUCAAGGUAUUUUGGGUGUUCAUAGCUUGCUAACCCAGGAACAAAGUACAUCCUCAGAAACAUCACAAAUGAGAGAAGCACUACGUGAGUUAGACGAGAAAAAAGGUGAGUAUCUUGUGAUGUAGAAAUCAGGGUGCAUCCCAGAUCAGUGUCACCUAAGGUCAGUCUCAUGUAACCAUUUAUCAAACUCUAAAACAUUUAGAUGAGCGAUACGAGCCAUCCCGAGGCGUUGCAGAUCACUACGGAGAAAUACAGCAACUUGAUGUGAGCGGUUUGUUCAGAAGACUGAAGGAGUUCGACAACACUCUGACAGAAAUUACUUUGAAUAAUAUGAAAGAAGUGGAUGACGUUUUGAUGGCUGUUGCUGACUUUCUUGCCAGAAUGGACUGCGUGACGAAAAUUUCAGUGGCAAACACGAAAAUGAACAAUACUAUUGGAUUGGUAGGGAGACGUUCCUUAUACCUUUAUCUUUUGGCUAUGGCCUUCAGGCCACGCUAUAUUACUCUUUUGUAUUUUAAUAUAGUAUACGCUACAUUUGUAAUACAUUCACAUAUACCGAUUUGAUACUCUGUUCCAACGUGCCACCGCUUCCCAGAUUUGCUUGAUAAUGGUACGGAGGAAGUGGCUAACAAUGACUUAACUAUCCCUUGUUAAACAUGAUCACACUGUCGCCUUUUAGCCCAAAUCACAAUGUUGUUACUUAUGCAAUUAAGUAAAUUCAGGUUUUGUUCUUUUUAACUUUUUUGUACAUAUAGAAAUUUGCAGAAGCGCUGAAAAAUAACAAGAGUCUUGUACAUUUGAACAUGGAAUCUAAUUUGCUCUCUGGUGAUGUUGUAGUGGUAAGUGAAUCUGUCACUUUAUUUGUAUCUGUAUUUGAGCUUGUGGAACUCAUUAAUAAUUCAUGAAGAAAACACAAAGAAAUCAUGACCGUGAAGAUACAAAAUCAUGCUGAUUUAUAUAAACUUUAUUUUUAAAUUGUUGAAGACGUACGAAUGUUCUCAUCAAGACGUUUCACCGAUAGAACACGGUCUUUCAUGUUGUAGAGUAGUUAUCAAACAUUUCGUGUUUAACCGUUUUCUAGCUUGACUGUUUCCUAUGACGUUAUCAUUUCUUGAUUUUCAGUUAUAUUCUUUCUUAACUUUUAGAACCUACUUGAAGCUCUUGAAAACAACACAACACUAAAAGAGCUGAAAGUUGCCAACCAGGUAAAAACCUGCAUUUGUCUACUGAUAAUAAUUAUCAGACAUCAUUGCUUUUUAGCAGGGGAUUGAGUGUCUCAUUCACUGGUGGGCGGAUUUCCCAACAGGCAAUAGUCCAUGGGGUUGAUAGAGGGUUCGAGGAAACUACCAUUUAACAUCCUUAUCUGAGAAGACACGAAAGUUUAAUUUGGUGGCUAAAGCUCCUCAGAUAUUUUCAGACCUUGAGUAGCGGUCCGACCGGGUCUUCCAGCUUAAAUCUCUUCUUCCCAUUCUUGCAGUCCAAGGCAGCGGGUGCAAAGAAUGAACGGGAAAUGGUAAAGAAACUCGAAGCGAACGAGACUCUACUCAAGUUUGGACAUGCAUUUCUGACUCCAGGCAUGGGGAACAUGGCUUCAAGAUGGAUUUUAAGAAACAACGAUAAAGGUAUAGAUAGAACUUGUGUGUGCAUGUCUUUAUCUGUUAGCACGAGAACUUCAAAAUAUCAAACGUAUUAAUACGAGAAUUUGUAGAACAAAUGGACAUUGCCCAAUGACAAAUUGAGAAAAUUUUGGUCAAAUUUGGAUGAUAAAUUAGCACAAGUCUUGCUUUACCCUGUGGAGGAAACUAAAUGCGUAAUUAUCCAACUUAAUUCCCUAGUGAAGAUAUGCAGUCUGUGUAGCCUGCAUGGCAGGCGGUCCCUAAAAUCGGGCAAGGCUCACCAUGGUCUUUGGCUACAAUCUGUGAGACUCCGAGAGGUCUCUGGUCUUUCAAUGGUUUUACUUCAUAUGUAUUUUCAUGUAGCACGAAAAGCACGCCAAGCAGCAGCCAUGAAAUAAUCUGUCAAUGAUGGAAGUUGUGAAUGAACCGAACACUGAGGGACCGGGACACUAAAGCUCGCUUGAAAUCAUGGAUGAGAUAGACAGCACGAAGCGAAGUGGGACAUAGUUAUAAAAUCGCUAAUGAAAAGAUGCUGUACUGUAUAUAUAAUGUGUUAUUUUUAUAUUGCAAAUAAUAUGAAAUAAAAUUUCUAACUUGUAUGAUCGGCGUUUAAAUAUAACAAAUAUUUUAAUGCUAAAAUUUAUACAAUACCUUACAUUACAUUAUUAUGGACAAAUAAACGUUGAGGCAAACAAUUUUAGAUUUCGUGUGAACCUAGCAUUUGCAUGGGGGAUAUUUUACAAACGAUGCAAAACUGUUCAAUAUGUACAUCAUUAACUAACUACCUAACUAAAAUAUUGGUUUCAUUAAGAGUUACACUGGUGAUCAACUUCAACUUCUUUUAUAUUUAAAGGAGCAAGUAAAUAAGAAUUCAAAUAUUUUCUUUUUCUUUUAACAACCAAAUUGACCCAGGGAUAGUUUGGCUGAGGGGGGGGAGGUGCGCAACCUCCCCCCCCCCCUACAUCCAUUCUCGAGUUGACCACCAUUACUGUAGAUAGCGCUUUCUGAAACCCCCUAUUUAACUAGACCUGUUCAUUUCCAUCCAUACACUUCUGCUUGGCAGUUUCCCCACAAUUCCACGCGACUUUUCUUCAGUUCUUGUGCUGAAAUUGGAGAUUUUUCACGCCUGCAUUAAUCUUUCAAAUAUUUUUCAAGACAUCAUAUUAUAAAUUAUGCUCUAAAAAUGAUAACACGGACGCCUCGUAAUGUUCGGAAGCCCUCGCUUGUCGUAUUCCAUGACGUUCCCUUGGAUAAACCUUAA